GUUCUGUUUUUGGCUGUGGGGCUGUACUGGCUCCCGGUUGAUUUGAGGGGGUGCCCCAUGUCCCCUUGUAGGGAGGAGCCCCGCAUCCGGCCCUGCCAUGGAGACUCUGAUCCCCGUUAUCAACAAACUGCAGGAGAUUUUCAACACCGUAGGGGCCGGGGUGAUCCAGCUGCCCCAGAUCGUGGUGAUUGGGGCCCAGAGCAGCGGGAAGAGCUCAGUUCUGGAGAGCAUUGUGGGUCGUGACUUCCUGCCCCGGGGCUCAGGCAUUGUCACCCGGCGGCCCCUGGUCUUGCAGCUGGUGAAUGUGCCAUUUCUGGAGGAGCGGCAACAUGCAGCCAGUGGGGAGACAAGUACCCUGGCCGAAGAGUGGGCAACCUUCCUGCAUUGCAAGCACAAGACCUUCACCGACUUCAGUGAGAUCCAGCAGGAGAUAGAGACUGAGACCGAGAGGACGACAGGAACCAACAAGGGGAUCAGCCCGGAGCCCCUGUAUCUGAAGAUCUACUCCCCACAUGUCCUGAACUUGACACUGGUCGACCUACCGGGGAUCACCAAGGUGCCUGUGGGGGACCAGCCCCCCGACAUUGAGGGCCAGGUGCGGGAGAUGAUCCUAUCCUACGUCUCCAAUCCGAACUGCCUGAUCCUGGUUGUGACAGCUGCCAACACCGACGUGGCCACCUCUGAGGCGCUCAAGCUGGCCCGGGAUGUUGACCCCGAUGGAUGCCGCACACUGGCCGUGGUCACCAAGCUGGACCUGAUGGACGCUGGGACGGACGCCAUGGACGUUCUGAUGGGCCGGGUCAUCCCUGUCAAACUGGGCAUCAUUGGGGUGGUGAACAGGAGCCAGCACGACAUCAACACUUGGAAGAGCAUCACUGAGUCACUGCAGGAUGAGCAGGUCUUCCUGCAGAAGCGAUACCCAUCGCUGGCCAACCGCAACAGCACCCGGCACCUGGCCAAGACCCUCAACCGGCUGCUGAUGCAUCACAUCCGGGAUUGCCUGCCGGAGCUGAAAACCCGGGUGAAUGUGCUGACGGCCCAAUAUCAGUCAGUGCUGCAGAGCUAUGGGCAGCCCAUUGAGGACAAGAAUGCCAUGCUGCUGCAGAUCAUCACCAAGUUCGCCACCGAGUACUGCCACACCAUCGAGGGCACGGCCCGGAACAUUGAGACUUCAGAGCUCUGCGGGGGUGCCCGCAUGGGCUACAUCUUCCACGAGACGUUCGGCCGGACGUUGGAGUCCAUCGACCCGCUGGCUGGGCUCACAAUGCUGGACAUCCUGACGGCCAUUCACAGUGCCACGGGCCCCCGUCCCGCCCUCUUCAUGCCCGAGGUCUCCUUCGAGCUGCUGGUGAAACGUCAGAUCAAGCGUCUGGAGUACCCGAGCCUGCGCUGUGUGCAACUGGCGCUGCAGCUCCUCGUGCACAUCAUUCAGCACUGUUCCACGUACAACACACAGGAGCUGCUGCGCUUCCCCAAACUGCAUGAAGCGAUUGUGGAAGUGGUGACAGGCGUCCUGCGGCAGAGGCUGCCCAUCACCAAUGAGAUGGUAACACCCCAGGGGGAGGGGGCUGCUAUGGGACAUCUGGGAUCCAUGCAGGGUAGGGGCCUGAUAUGGGAGUGGGGGUUGAAGUCUUUGUCCUAG